CAUUAGCAUCUGCUGCUGCUACUGCAGGACUACAGGGUGGUGGGGGGGUGAGAGAGACAGACAUACGGACCGGGCGAGGGAGAGAGACACCCAGAGGAGGGGGGUGAGACAGACAGACAGACACACACAGGCGGGGAGAGACAGACAGAGCAGGCGGGAGACACACACACAUCCACGGCAGAGGGACACACGCAGGCGGGAGAGACUCGCACACAAGGGAGGGGGGAUGGCCAGAUCUCAUUAGACAGGCGGAGCGGACAUUUUGUGAUACAUUACAGUAUCUGGAUGAGCGGAGAGAGAGGCUGGGGAGCCGCGCUGCACCGUGUCCGACCGGGAAAAGCGCCUGCCGCACCGUAGAUCUUUCGGGGGGAAACGUUGUAUCAAGUAUCGAAACGCGGACCAUUUGUAAUCAACAUUUAGAACGUUGGAGGAAACGCCGCGCGCAAGAUUUUGUAUCAACAUUUAAGACCGUUGGAUAAAACGCCGCGCGCAACAUUGUAUCAAGAUUCAGAACGUCGUCUCCGGAUCAGACCGCGGCCGCAGCAUUGUAUCAAGGAGAGAACGUUGGGGAAACAUUGUAUCCGCGCCGGCACCGGCAGCCUCGUGAACUGCGAUCCUCAGCGAAUCCCGGCGGGGAAUACACCCAGGGAGCAGCCGCCGCUUCUCCUAUCCCCCUCCCCCUAGCUCCUAGAGCCCCAUUAGCCCCCGGAGGGGCCCCUACUCCCGCCUGGUUCUCCUUCCUCUCCCUGGAGUGGAUUUUUUUUUCUUCCCUUCUGUGCAAGCCCAGGACUCGUGAAGCCGCCAUUUUUCCCCCCUGUGUGACACAUGAACAUGGCAUUGCCGCAGAGCCCGGGAUAUGAGCGCUCUCCCAGCUUGGAGGACGGGUUUACGGUUCUCCCUCUGCAUUGCUGAUUUUGGAUUGUAUAAGGUGAUCCUUUAAACACUGUUACUUCCAUAGACUGUUUUGCCAGUCCAACUCCAACAUACUUUGGUCAAAAGUUAGUGGAUUGUUGGAUUUGCCAUGGAGCAACGUGAAAACAUAAACAGCAGCCGACAACGGUGUUGUGAGACAGACUUCUUGCCAUCUGCUUCUUCUGCGAAGACAUCGACAUCUGGUGCUGGAGACAAAACCUUGAAGCCAGCAACCGGGGCCACUAAGACUGGACCUGGAAAUGGAGAGUCGAUGGAACCGGAAGAAGAGGAUGAACUAGGAGCCGGCAGAGAUGUGGAUUCAAACUCCAACGCAGACAGCGAAAAAUGGGUGACAGGAGAUGGAAUGGAAGAACAAGAGUUUUCCAUCAAGGAGGCCAAUUUUACCGAGGGAAGUCUAAAACUUAAAAUUCAGACCACCAAGAGGGCAAAGAAACCUCCGAAGAACCUGGAGAACUAUAUCUGCCCUCCAGAGAUUAAAAUUACUAUAAAGCAAUCUGGGGAGCAGAAACUCUCCAGGUCUGGGAAAAAUAGUAAACCUGCAAAAGAAGACGAAAGAGCUCACGUGAAAAAGAAGGUGCACGAGAGGUUUCAAAAACAUCCGGGCCUACAUUACAACUCCAGCGUUCCUCCAGUCAUCACCAGUAACACCUUAAAACCAAAGCACCAGCAGAAAAGCAACCAGAAUCGUCUUGACUGGUCACCAAAAUCGGACUCUGGUCCUUCAGCACCGAGUGGAUUUCUUAAUGCAGAAUCUGGCAAAAAAGACUCCCCUAAUGUCACCAAGAGUCCAAACCCAGAAGUGGCUUCCCCAUUUCUCAAACCUAAAAAAUCCAGCAUGGGGAGUUCUUGGAGUCAAAACUCAGCUUCCGUGGAAGGUAAUACUAGCAGUUCAGCUUCAUCGUCAAAUGGUGGCAGCAGCAAUGUCAUAUCAGCUUCUAACAACGAGAGCAAUGAGCUCUCAAAGUUAGAGGACCAAAAAGGUGGUGCAUCGGAACCAGCAGAACAACCAUUUGGUAAUACAAAAAAGAAAUCUGGUAAAAAAGAGUCAAGUCAAACCUUGCAGGUAGCAGAGGCUGAGCGGGAAAAAAGUAGUCCAAAAGCUCCUGAACCCAAAAGUCAUGAUACUGUGGAAAACAAGAAGGAUAAUGAAAAUUUGCCAGCUUCCCAACCACAACAAAAAUUGGCACCUGGACCUAAUAGUGAGAGUGACUCGAGCCACAAAUGUGCCAUGGUUCCACUGAAAUCUACACCAGUGGACCCCCCAGUUAACAAACGUAAGAAAAAGAAUUCUUUGAAACCAGUGGUGGACAAAAGGGCGCAGGAUUCGGAGCAGCUUUCGGCACGGUCAGUAGUUAAUGAAAUCAACAGAACACUUCACAAUCAGAACACUUCACAAAACCAAACCAGUAAUAAGAAGGACAACAAAGUUAUCAAGCAUAGUAAAGUCACUGCUCAUGAGAUGCCAUCAAAGUUACCAGAAGUUAGUGGAAGUGUAGGAAAAACGUUUGUCAACAGCAUGACCCGUCUUCAAAAAUCUUCUCCACCUGUAUCAAAAGCCAUUUCUGAUAACUCUCGGUCUAAAAUGUCAGAUGUACAACAUCCUAAAUUUGCAGCCAAGAAAAGAUGGGUAGGUGGGAAACCUAAAAUAAACACCACUCAAGAAAAUUCAGCUUCGCUCUCUGAAAAAAUUGUAGUUGAUCCUCCUUCUGCUUACCCAAUAACCCCCUCAAGCCCUCUUUACACUAAUACAGAUAGCCUUACAGUGAUUACACCAGUGAAGAAGAAAAGGGGUAGACCAAAGAAACAACCAUUGCUGACUGUGGAGACAAUCCAUGAAGGAACAUCGACUAGUCCAGUAAGUCCCAUUAAUCGAGAAUUCCCUGGCAUGAAGAAGCGAAAGGGGAGACACAGUCUUGCUGAACUGGUCCAGAUGACACCUUCUAUGGAAAAAUCAAUUGGCGAGUUAGAAUUUCACAAAAAAGUUGGAAAACUUGGAAUGUUGGAUAAGAAGACAAUAAGAACCAUCAAUAAAAUGAAAACGCUCAAAAGGAAGAAUAUCUUAAACCAAAUUUUGUCUUGCUCAAACAGCAUGGCCUUGAAAUCAAAAUCUCAGCCACAGACGAAUGCAAUAGCAACUGUAACCACGACUCUCGACGCUAGAUUAGGCAAGCAGAUUAAUGUCAGCAAGAGAGGAACCAUUUAUAUAGGCAAAAAAAGGGGAAGAAAGCCGAGAGCGGAACAAGUUCCCCAACCAAGUGAACGUAGAACAGCCAUUAAACAGACCAGGCCUGUUUCUAGCCAGCCCGAAAACCCAGCAGUGCCUUCCAAUUUGCAGUCAUUUGUUGCAUCUUCACCAGCAGCUAUUCACAGUUUUACCACUCAGCUUAUAGGUCCUAAUGGAAACCUUAGUCCUGCCAGCACUGAUACAAUAUUUUCAGAUUUAAAAACUAUGCCAAAUCUUCAGCCAAUCAGUGCUCUUCCAACGAAAACACCAAAAGGAAUACAUGGAAGUUCCUGGAAGUUGUCGCCGCCGAGAUUAAUGGCUCACUCGCCUUCCCAUCUGUGUGAGAUUAGCUCCCUAAAAGAGGUCACACUGUCGCCAAUAAGUGAGUCUCACAGUGAAGAAACCAUCCCUAGUGACAGUGGCAUUGGUACGGACAACAACAGCACUUCUGAUCAAGCUGAGAAGAGCUCAGAGUCUCGUAGAAGGUACUCCUUUGAUUUUUGUACUUUGGAUAAUCCAGAGGUUACUCCAUCUGAAACCAGCACAAAGGGCAAGCAUGGUCUCCGGCAGAAACAUCUUAUUGUUGAUAACUUCCUUGUCCAUGAAAGUGUUAAAAAGCCAAAGCACAAGAGAAAGAGAAAAGGUUUGCCCAACAGGGACAAUCUUCAAUUUCUUGCAGAUCUUGAAGACCUUAUCAACAAAUUCCAAGUCUUUAGAAUUUCCCACAGAAGUUACACCUUUUACCAUGAAAACCCUUAUCCCAGUAUCUUCAGGGUUAAUUUUGAUCACUAUUACCCAGUGCCAUAUAUCCAGUAUGACCCAUUGCUCUACCUUCGCCGGACCUCUGACUUGAAGUCAAAGAAAAAGCGUGGUAGACCUGCCAAAACCAAUGACACCAUGACAAAGGUGCCUUUUUUGCAAGGGUUUGGAUACCCUAUUCCCAGUGGAAGUUACUAUGCACCAUAUGGAAUGCCUUACACAUCAAUGCCUAUGAUGAACCUUGGUUAUUAUGGUCAGUAUCCAGCUCCUUUGUAUCUGUCUCACACGCUUGGGGCAACUUCUCCGUUUAUGAGGCCCUCUGUCCCACCACCACAGUUUCAUACAUCCUCUCAUAUGAAGAUGUCUACUGUUGCCAAGCAUAAAACAAAACAUGGAGUUCACCUGCCUACAUCAGUGGGUAUGGGCUUGGGUGACAUGGCUCCUUCCAAAACAGGAGCCGUUGGACUUUCGAGCAGCCGACUUCACAAAAGGAAACACAAGCAUAAGCACAAGCACAAGGAUGAUCGCAUCCUUGGGGGACACAGUGAUUUCAGCGGUCUUUUUUCAGGCAAGUCCACAAGCUUUUCAAGCCAUGUGGCAGAUGAGAAGCUCAGCUCCUCUAGCAAGGACCUUUUCACAGUGAGCGAAAAAAGCAAACACAAAGAGAGGCCGAAGCACCAGCAUUGUGAAACUGGACAAAGAGGUCCAAAGAGUUCUUUCGAGGUGGAUACACUUUCUUCUUUGUCGCUUUCAGAUGGUCAACACUUGACUCAGUCUAAAGACAAAAGUGACUUAACCAAUGAGCCUGAUAGCUGUUUAAAACGAUAUUCUGGAAAUGACUGCAACGGCAGAUCAGAUUCCUCAGAUUUGUUUGUGGAAAUGAGCUUGUCCAAUGACAAGAGAGAUGGGGAUUUGAAUGGCAAUAAAAGAAGGACUUUUGAAGGUUUCGGGUCCUAUAGAGAAAAAGACAUUCAGUCAUUUCGAAUGAACAAGAAGGACAGGAGUGCUUUUGAUCAUUCGGGAUCUGGUUUAACAAGUGCUCAUCAGAAAGCUGAUCAGAUGCCUCAGCAUAAUAAAAAUGAAACUACUUCUUCCAACAAUAUGACCAAAAGGAAGCCAGCAGCAGAAUCUGCAUCUGUGCCUCCAAAUCCCCUCUUAACCUUCUUCUCGUCAUCCAAUGAAUCAGCCAAUGCCACACUGCGAAAUCGUUUCAAGAGAUGCGAGAUUGAAGCAAUCCAGGGCGAAGUGAGGAAAAUGUGCAACUACAAUAAAAUUCUGUCCACCAAAAAGAAUAUGGAUCAUGUGAACAAAAUCCUAAAGGCCAAGAGGUUACAAAGACAAUCCAAGACGGGCAAUAACUUUGUGAAGAAGAGAAGAGGCCGCCCAAGAAAGCAACCAGUCUUGUUUGAUGAUGACUCUAGAGAUCAAAUGCCUGUUCUGGAGAAAUGUGUCGAUCUCCCGAACAAGCGGGGUCAAAAGUUCCAUUUGCAGGAACCAGAAGGGAACAAACAAGACACGGUCAUGGACACCAUCGAAGCGGUCAUACAUAUGGCAAGAGAAGCUCAAAAUUCUCGAGUGCCAAGAAAUGGAAAGAGGAAAUUCAUAGAUGAGGAGGUGGUGAAGACAAAAAGACACAGGAAAAGACGAGGGGAAUCUGGCAAUGGCCCUUGAGAUCACUACAGACUUAAGUUUGAUUUGAUAAUCAGGCCAACAAUUGAUGUAAAGGGUUAAACCCCCAUGAAUGGCUGCAACAUUUUUUUUUUCUUUUUGUCCCACCCCCUCAUUUAACAUCACAAAACGACUGCUUUGUACUACAGCUAAAGUACAAAUCUUGUGGCACUAGACGUAAAACAUGUACCUUCAUGCUAUACCUAUGUGAUUGUGAACAAGUCAAGCUGCGUUGGGUAUUCAGACAAUGUAAUUUUUAUUUCAGGGUAGAGGUAUAUUAUUCACCAUUCCAGAACCCAACAAUAGGUUCUGAAAAUGUUUUCAGUAGCAGUACAAAAAUUUCUGGUAAUAAAAUGGCCAGUAUAUAUGGGGGAAAUACCAACAAAAUGGGAGAUCAUCACUCCUCCUAUAUUCCCACACCAUAGAAUAAUUUAAAAAAUGAAUGUGUAAUUUUUUUUUUACCAUAUUUAUAUUUACUAUAUGUGUAGAUACACUCACCUUUCAUAACUCAGCCCUUUUAUUACUUAAAGGAUGGUUUCACUUUAGCGCAUUUUUAUAAGCCUGUAAUGACUUGAGACUGGCUAAGCACCAUAGGAAAUGUAAUUGUUUUUUUUUUUUUUUUUUUUUUUAAAUCCCCCAUUUUUUUUUUAAACACACAUGAAAGUUAACUUUAGUUUCUGCCAUGAUUUUUGGAGGCUGCAGAACCCAUACAUUGCACCUUAUCCACAAUGCAUGGCAAUGUCAUAUCCAGCAGGUGCAGUGUUUUGCCAACUUAAUUUAGUUAAAAAAAAACUGUAUAUUUUUUUUAUUUUAAGCGAUUACUGAAAAGGCUGUAUACCUGGAUAACUACUAGAACAAUCACAGAUUUACUAAUAGUUGUUACAGUGGAGAAAGUGUUCUUAUCUUAAAUUUCUAAGAUAUCAUAACUGCAAUUGUUCACACUUUAAGCCACAUUGGGAAGGAGGAACCCCUCCCACCCCUAUUGUGGUUGCCUUAAUAAAGUUUUUUUCUUUUCUGUUGUACAUAAUGUAAUUAUAACUUUUUUUCAGUCUGCAUGAUUGCAAACAGUCUGUGACUUAAAGUCUGUCUAUUUGUCAAUUAUUCAUUUAAAGUCUGAAAUGCGACAGCUGAUUUAAGGCCCAAAAAUAUAAAAACAAUCAAUGAAAAUAAUCUAGGUUAUGACUCUUAAAACAAAUAAAAUUUAGUCUGGAAGCAGGCAUGCUGUAUAGUUAGUUUUGGCAUGACUGGUCAGCUACAAAUUACAACACUUCAUUAUAGUUUUUGCAAAGUAGAAUCUUAGAACACUGGUUUGUUCUUUAAACAAUUACUUAACCGAUAAGAUAUUUGUAUCCGUUAAAAUAAAUAGCACUUUUUCUCUACCUUUUUUUUUUUAUUAUUUCUUAUUACAUUUUUUUGUCGUUUUAUCCUGAUCUAUUUAUAAGUUACCCACAAAUCAACCCAUGCUUCUAACAAUUGAAUUUUAGAAAUUAGAAAUCUCAGUUUCUGCAAGAAAUUUUUAGAAUGUAAUGCUUUUCUAAAAUACUGCCAGAUUUUUUAUUUUUUAAAUAAUGUACACUAUUAAAGGGAUGGGAGACAUUUGUCUAUCAUUCAAUCCAUUUCUAAUUGCUUGAGUCAUACUACAAAUUGAAAGUGAGGUCAUGACUUGCCUUCUGAAUUCUUCAAAGGAGUUUUUUACUUUGUCAAAAUUUCAACGAUCGAUCAGCUUCUUCACAAACGUCUUGGAUGACUUGUCAUACGCUUUCUUGGGCCGUGUUUGAAAGCCAUAAAUAAUAAUAAUGUACAGGAGCCUUCAAGGCCACAGAGAUUAUCUAGAGUUUUUAAUAAAUCACGGCAUAACCAGUUCCAUAGUGAAUAUUUUUGGAGAAAAUAGAUGUUUCACUUGUGAUACAAGUGGCUUCUCGAUCUCAGGUGCAAGAUUGUCGACAAUUUUAAAUAUUCAAAAAUUUGGUUCUUACAACUUUGUCAUCCAUGUAAUUUUUAUUUCCUCCAGGACCAACUUGGUUACUACGUAUGCACUACAGAGGCCCCCACAAUUUUUGCUCAUAUAGCUGUUAUUUUCUUUUAGGAUAUGUCUUUUUUUAGGUGUUUAUUACAGACGUGUGUUAGCAUGUGGACUUAAUUAUGUCAUAAUUAUAAUUUUUUUGCUUCAAAACUUAAUAUAUGGUGAUAACCCAUUGCAGAGUACGAGGAACAUUUUCGUUAACUGUAUAUAAUAAGCAUGCUGAUGAGUUACAAUAGGUCCAAACAGUGUUAUUGCAUUUAGGGUUUUUGCUCAACAGAAAUGGAAAAUUUAAGGGUUAUAAUCAUGUGACUGUCUGGAUAUCCAUAAGAGGAGGAAGUGUUGAGCUUGUAUAUUCAAGUGUGACAAAAUAGGCUUUUGAAUUUGGCUACAUAUGAAUUCAGUGCAGAUGUUUUUCAUUGCAAUGCUGCAUGUCCCUAAAAAUCAAAAUUUUUUUAUUAUGGUGCAGUUAUCCAAAUAGCAACUUUAUUAUUAUAUUAUUUUUUUUCGUUUGUUUAGUAUUUGUGUCAUCGGUAGCUUACUUACAGUCUCAGCUGUUGUACCCAUUAAAUGUAAUGCAAUUCCCAGUUCAAUUCAAAAGCACAUCUUUACCCCCCCCCCCCCACACACACAGUUUAACAAUUACCAUAUAUGUCUAUAUUUACACUACAAGGAAAGGAAAGACAUUAUAUCUAUAAGUGAAUGAGCUGCCAAUCUAUCAACGUCAGGGGUGUUACGUUUCAAUCCCACGUUGCUGUUUUUUUCUAAGCUAUUUCUUAAGUAAUGCACAUGAAAUGUUAUAUAUGUAUAUAUUUAAGGAUAAAAAAACGGGGCACAAAAUUGUUUUACAAGUCGUGCUGGCUAAUUUUUAGUUUGUAUUCAUAAGUGGUUUUUAAAAGCCUUUUUUAAAGUGUACUUGCAUGUUCUACUUUGAUUGUAUGUAAACAUAUUUUAGAACAAAAAAAAUUGUAUUUGUAUUUUAUUGAAUAUAGAGGCGAGAAGAAACUUGUACAUUGUUUGAAAUGUUCUUUUUGUAACAGUUUUUAUUCAUGAGGCAUUUUUGUACAUUUAAAAACAAAAAAUGAAAAAAAAAAACAAAAACAAACAAACAACAAAAUGAAUAUGAAAUUGCUGUUAUAUGAUGCAUAGGUACAUCAGGCAUGCUUUCUUGUCAUGCUAUGUCAUGAUCCUAGAUGUUGGUUUUUAAACUUUUUUUUUUUUUUUUUUU